AUGGUUCAGACAUUCGUUUUCUUAUUUUCUCUAUUCGUAUGUGUCCACUCUGCAUUAAUUCCCGCUUCAUUACUCAACCGCGAUGAUCCUAGCCCAGUAAUAGCUCCAGCGCCAUCAAUCCCAUCAUGUGCACUUCCAUGCAUUGCAUCAGCAGUAGCCGCAGAAACGAGUUGUGGUGCCGCGGAUCUAGCAUGUCAGUGUGAUCCUGACAAUGUUAGUUUGAUCCAAGGAGUAGCCACAAGCUGCGUACUUCAGGCUUGUGGAAUCCAGGAAGCUCUUCAGGUGCUGGAUGAUGCUAAUGCAGAAUGUUCUUCUGUGCUUGCGGCUGGAAAUGCUGGUGCGGCUCCUUCCUCGGCAGCCCCUUCAGCAAUACCAUCUGCUGCCCCGAGUUCGGCUCCAGCUAGCAUAUCGGCAGCUCCAUCUUCUGUUCCCAAUACUACUUCUAUUGAUUCUAGUCCUCCAUCUGCAGUCCCAUCAUCAACUGCGGGCUCUCUUCCUUCAGCUGUUCCCUCCUCAGUACCAAAUGCGUCACCAAAUGCCACAUUUGUUAUCCCUGCUUGUGCGGAUAGUUGCAUUCAAAAUGCUGUUGGAUCCACCUCUUGUGGACUCACGAAUGUUACUUGUCAAUGCGAGAAAAGUAAUGCAGAGACUAUUCAGGCUGCUACUGUUUAUUGUAUAGCCGCCAAUUGUGGAGAUGAUGGGGAUUAUAUUGCUGUUGAAAUCAAUAGAUUACAAGUUGACAAUUGUACCGCAUUGUCGACUCCUUAUAAUUCAUCAUCAUCAAUCACAGGCUCAGUAACAGCCAAUGGACCAACACAAAUAAGUCUUACCGGCAACCCAUCUGGUAUAUCUACAGCACUACCUCCUUGCGGGCCACCUAUUCCAGCUUCUUCAGCAGCACCCACGGGUUCAAGUCCAAGUCAAUCGAAUCCUUCUGAUCCAGGAGAUCCUACUUCUCCCAUAAAUCCAGGUGGAAGCUUUCCUACGGACCCACCAGGUAGUUUUGGAAGUGGUCCAUCAUAUUACGGAUAUCCAACAAAAUCGAACCCGAUUGAUCCUCCCGGAUCUCCAACAUCGGGUGCUAGAGAUCCAUCGGGAACUGUAUCCAGCACUCCGACUGAUCCCGGGUCAGCUUCUUCAACUAACAUAAGUGCAGAUCCGUCGGCCGGAUCUGGAUCUGCACCCACUGAUCCUAGUUCCCCAACAAGUGGUGGAUCUUUCCCUUCAGGAGCUGGUUCUAGCACACCUACGGAUCCAGGGUCAGCAUCUUCGACUAAUGUCAGUGCAGAUCCAUCAGGGAUUGUAUCUAGCACGCCAACUGAUCCAGGAUCAGCUUCUUCAACUGCUUUAAGCAUAGACCCAUCAGGGGGUUCCGGAUCUGUACCUACUGAUCCAAGCUCCCCAACAAGUGGUGGUUCUUUCUCAUCAGACGGUUCAACUCCUGUAGACCCAGGAUCAGCUUCUUCAACCAACGCAAGUGUAGACCCAUCUGGGACUUCUGGAUCAUCAUCAAAUAUCCCAGGUUCAUUCCCUUCUGGCAGUUCUCCAACCUCCACAGAUCCAUCAGAAGGUACAGAUCCUUCUGGAGCAGCUUCUAGCACGUACCCUUUCGACCCAUCUGGAGCUUCGAGCACGCCUCCUGGUGGAAAUGGUAGUGGUCCAAGUUAUGGAUAUGGGUAUGGUACUUAUUAUCCCUCUAGCAUACCCACACCUACUAGAAAUGGAGGCGAUCCAAGUGAUCCAUCGGGAAGUAGUGGUGUUUCGGUAUCUUCUUCGGCUACAGGGGCGGUUUCUUCGAGUAGUCAGUCGAUUGGAGCGCCUAGCACUUCUGAAGGGGGUUCCUUGAGUCCGAGUACAACCGGUGGAGAUCCUUCAUCACCAACUAUUUCUGGUGGAGAUCCAUCUUUUCCAAGUACAACCGGUGGAGAUCCUUCCUCCCCAAGUACAACUAACAGUGAUCCAUCUUCACCCACAACCUCAAGUGGGCUAAACAAUUCAUCCAGCUUCCCCUCUGGAACCGAUCCCUCUUCUUCUCCACCCUCCAGCUCAAUCAAUCCCCCUCCGCCACCACCUCCACCAGCCAGCGGAGGCUAUUACGGCUACAAUCCCGCUUCAGCGCCAUCAUCACCCUCAUUCACAUCGCUGUCCACCCCAGCUAUCCCAACAUCCCCAAGCGAUCCCAACUCCCCCUCCUUCCGUCUCUCACUCCUUCCCUCCCGCUACUCUCUCCUCACCUACAUCAUGCGCGUAUACUUCAACCUCUCUCCCCCCUCCCCCUUCAUAUCCUCCCGGGGCCUCACAACCAAUUCGCGUACCUCCGCAUGUAUAUUCUCCAUCUCAUCAUCCGGCCUACUUUCCUGUUCCGGUUCCUCAUCUUCUAAUUCUCAUUCUCAUCCCGGAACUUCCAAUAACAACACCCCCGAUCCAAAAACGAGAUAUUUCGGAGAUGAAUUCGCACGUGUGUGGGACUCUGGGUAUACGGUUUUACAGACUAGUAAUAAGUUGAGGGAUAUGCAGGGUAAGGAUUUAAAUGGGACGUUGGUGGUGGAUUCCACGAGUGAGUAUCCGUAUGGGAGUUUGUUGAAGUUGAGAAAUGGGGAGUUUAUUGGGAAUGAUAACCAAGCCCGUUUCUGCGCUCAAACAUCAUCUUCGAUUCCUUCAACCUAUGGAUCCGUAAACCCAGAUACAUCACAAAGCCAAACUGAUGCGUUUUUGGAAGGAACUCCAGUUCGUGCGUAUAUUAACGGAACGCAGGGAUUGCCUGCAGAUUGUCAAGAGGUGAAAUUAGUGAUUGAAUGGGUUGAUGGGGGUGCUUAG